AUGAACAAUAGCUUUAUACUUAAAAAACCUGCGAUUUCCAUACAGCAGAAACUAGAUAUCUUGCAUAAAUUGAACAGUGGUGUAUCUGUAGUUAAAGUAGCUUGUGAAUAUUGCCUUCACCCCACCACCGUUCGUCGUAUUCGGCGAAACGGAUUGACUGUUCACGGUCCCGGCGGGGAGAGCGACCAAAUUCAAAAGAAGAAGCUGCGAGAAUCGAUCGAAGAAUUAGAAAUAUAUCUUCACGCGUGGCUCGUAGAACGAAAAGCAUUGGGAAAACCGAUCACUGACCCGUUACUGCAAGAACAGGCACGACACGUGGCGGGUCAAUUUGUAGAAGGAAACGAAUUUGAAGCCUCUAACGAGUGGCUGGCGAAAUUCAAGAAUCGCUACUACAUCCACGUAGACGAGACUCAGGACGAAAAAGGAACGGUUGUUGAUGAAUUUGCGGCAUCGUUUGCUCGCAAAAUAGUAGGGGGGGAUAUACAAUGCGACGACCUAUACAACAUGGCCGAAACUGGUUUGAUGUGGAAGGCAAUACCCACCGAAAUGUUGGGCUAUAACAAUGAAAUAAACAUCGAAGGUGAACAAUUGAAGAAAGACCGCGUAACUAUAGGCUUAUGCGCAAACGCGACAGGUACACACAAGCUGAGACCAUUGUUAAUACAUAAAUUCGAUGAUCUAAGUGCGCUGCACAAUGCGGAGAAUCCGCUGGCAGUGUUAUUUAAAACGCAGAAAAGCAUUUAUAUAAACCAGUCGAUAUUUAAAGACUGGUACGAGAAUCACUUCAAGCCUGUCGUAAGAAAACGACAGUCUGAGAGCGGUACAAGUAGAACAGUUGUUCUCUUGCUGGACAGUUGUUGGUGGUACAAGAUAGAUCCGUCCGAACAACUGGAUGAUGACUAUUUCAAAAUCCUGUUCUUACCUCCUAACACCACUUCGAUUCUGCAGCCUAUAAAUCAAGGAGUUGUUGCAAAGACUAAAAUGUCUUUUCGUCAUAAACUACUGCAACAAGUUCUUUCUUAUCCCGGCGGGAUACAGGAGUUCUAUCAAAAAUACAGUAUCGAGGAUUGCAUUAAAUUCCUCUACGAGGCGUGGACAGACACGAGCGCCAUAAGCAUAUUUAACGCCUGGAGAGGAAUUGUUCGGUGUGUCCCAUGGGUCAAGCCAGUCACAGAAGAGACUACCGAUCCAUUGGAACCACAAUUGGAAGACGUGAUCGGUGCUAUACUUAGCGAAGAACUCUCCAAUGAAAGGAUUAGAGAAUUCUUAUCCAACUGCGAGGAAGCAGAGAACAACUUCUCCGAAGAGGAGACAGAGGAAGUUAACGAAGAAGAAGAAGGACAAGAGGUCCACGAACCGAAAGUGGGCGAAAACAUCGACAUUAAAGAAGAAUUUUAUGUAGAACAACGCGUGAACGCAAUGGAGGAGGGGCUAGAAGAUCUGCAGGAAGACGCACGAAGAAAAGAAUUGAGGGCAGCCUUUAAUGUUUUGACUAAGUACGCGGAAAAGGAGGCCUGGUUCGUUCAAGUAACGAUUGCAAAUUUACAAAAGCACUUUCUGGACAGAACAAAUAAUGUCUAG